UGGAGUUCCAUGGAGUUAUGAGAUUUUAUUUUCAAGAUAAAGCUGCUGGAAACUUUGCAACAAAAUGUAUUCGUGUCUCUAGUACUGCCACAACGCAAGAUGUGAUAGAAACGCUUGCGGAGAAAUUCCGGCCUGACAUGCGGAUGCUGUCCUCCCCCAAGUACUCUCUGUAUGAGGUGCACGUCAGCGGAGAAGAAAGAAGACUGGACAUAGAGGAGAAGCCGCUAGUCGUGCAGUUGAACUGGAACAGAGACGACCGGGAGGGCAGAUUUGUUCUCAAGAAUGAAAACGAUGCCAUUCCUCCUAAGAAGGUUCAGAGUAAUGGACCUGAAAAGCAGGAAAAAGAAGGUGUUAUCCAGAACUUCAAGAGAACUCUCUCAAAGAAAGAAAAGAAGGAAAAGAAGAAGAGAGAGAAAGAGGCAUUGAGACAAGCAUCUGAUAAAGAUGAUAGAACUUUCCAGUCGGAUGACAUUGAGAAUUCUCGACUGGCUGCUGAGGUUUACAAAGACAUGCCUGAAACUAGCUUUACCCGAACAAUCUCUAAUCCUGAGGUGGUUAUGAAACGGCGGAGGCAGCAAAAGCUGGAAAAGAGAAUGCAGGAAUUUCGGAGCUCCGAUGGGCGGCCUGAUUCAGGUGGAACACUGAGAAUUUAUGCAGAUAGUUUAAAACCAAAUAUUCCCUACAAGACAAUCCUCCUGUCGACUACCGAUACUGCAGACUUUGCUGUGGUUGAAGCUUUAGAGAAGUAUGGUCUGGAGAAAGAGAGUCCUAAGGAUUACUGCAUCGCCCGGGUUAUGCUUCCUCCUGGAUCCCAACAUUCUGAUGAAAAAGGUGCUAAAGAAAUUAUCCUUGAUGACGAUGAGUGUCCCCUGCAAAUCUUCCGGGAAUGGCCCAGUGACAAAGGGAUUUUAGUCUUCCAGUUGAAGAGGAGGCCACCAGACCACAUCCCAAAGAAAACCAAAAAACAGGUGGAUGGGAAGCCACUCAAAGGGAAGGAGAGGGCCGACGGAUCUGCCUACGGCUCCUCGCUCCCUCCCGAGAAGCUGCCCUACUUGGUAGAACUAAGCCCAGAUGGCUCUGACUCCAGAGAUAAGCCAAAGCUCUACCGCCUUCAGCUCAGCGUCACUGAGGUGGGGACAGAGAAGUUUGAUGACAACUCCAUCCAGCUCUUUGGCUCAGGAAUCCAGCCUCAUCACUGUGACCUCACAAACAUGGAUGGUGUCGUGACUGUGACCCCGAGAAGCAUGGAUGCCGAGACGUACGUGGAGGGCCAGCUCAUCUCAGAGACCACCAUGCUGCAGAGUGGCAUGAAGGUCCAGUUUGGAUCACUGCACGUGUUCAAGUUCGUGGACCCCAGCCAGGAUCACACUAUUGCAAAGAGAUCUGUGGAUGGGGGUCUCAUGGUCAAAGGCCCCAGGCACAAACAGGGAAUUGUUCAGGAGACCACUUUUGAUUUGGAAGGAGAUGUGCACAGUGGAACAGCAUUACCAACAAGCAAGCAGAGUGCCUCCAGGCUGGACAGCGACCGAGGACCCUCUGCCUCCAGCACGGCUGAGCGAGGGAUGGUGAAGCCGAUGGUCAGGGUGGAGCAGCAGGACCACCGCAGGCAGGAGAGCAGAAGUCAGGAUGCUCCUGGGCCUGAACUGAUACUGCCUGCAAGCAUUGAAUUUAGAGAGAGUUCUGAAGAUUCAUUUUUAUCUGCCAUCAUAAACUAUACUAAUAGCUCUACAGUCCAUUUUAAGUUAUCACCCACAUAUGUAUUAUAUAUGGCAUGUCGGUAUGUAUUGUCGAACCAGUACAGACCUGAUAUCAGUCCUGCAGAGCGCACCCACAAGGUCAUUGCCAUAGUCAACAAGAUGGUGAGCAUGAUGGAAGGAGUGAUCCAGGAAGUAGACCAGGUUGAUCAGAAACAGAAGAACAUCGCAGGCGCGCUAGCCUUCUGGAUGGCAAACGCGUCAGAGCUCCUCAACUUCAUCAAGCAGGACCGGGACCUCAGUCGCAUCACUCUGGAUGCCCAGGAUGUCUUAGCACACCUGGUUCAAAUGGCGUUUAAAUACUUGGUUCACUGUCUUCAGUCAGAACUUAAUAAUUACAUGCCAGCCUUUCUGGAUGACCCUGAAGAGAAUAGUCUGCAGAGACCCAAAAUAGAUGACGUCCUGCACACACUCACAGGAGCCAUGUCACUGCUGCGGCGCUGCCGGGUGAACGCCGCCCUGACCAUCCAGCUCUUCUCACAGCUCUUCCACUUCCUCAACAUGUGGCUCUUCAACAGACUGGUGACUGACCCGGACUCAGGCCUGUGCUCGCACUACUGGGGCGCCAUCAUCCGCCAGCACUUAGGGCACAUUGAGGCCUGGGCGGAGAAGCAGGGGCUGGAGCUGGCAGCGGAUUGCCAUCUCAGCAGAAUAGUACAGGCAACCACUUUGCUUACUAUGGAUAAGUAUGCACCUGAAGACAUUCCAAAUAUAAACAGUACCUGCUUUAAGUUAAAUUCACUGCAGCUUCAAGCCUUAUUACAGAAUUAUCACUGUGCGCCCGAUGAGCCUUUUAUCCCUACGGAUCUUAUAGAAAACGUAGUGGCUGUCGCUGAGAAUACCGCCGACGAGUUAGCUCGCAGCGAUGGGAGGGAGGUGCAGCUGGAAGAGGAUCCUGAUCUCCAGCUGCCUUUCCUGCUGCCAGAAGAUGGCUAUUCUUGUGAUGUUGUCAGAAACAUUCCAAAUGGUUUACAAGAAUUCUUAGACCCCCUGUGCCAGCGAGGAUUUUGCAGGCUGAUUCCCCACCUGCGCUCACCAGGUACUUGGACCAUAUAUUUUGAAGGUGCGGAUUAUGAAAGUCACCUUAUGCGUGAGAACACAGAACUGGCGCAGCCUCUGAGGAAAGAACCUGAAAUAAUCACUGUGACCCUCAAAAAGCAGAAUGGAAUGGGCCUCAGCAUUGUUGCGGCAAAGGGUGCGGGUCAGGAUAAACUCGGGAUCUAUGUCAAGUCUGUUGUCAAAGGAGGUGCUGCAGAUGUGGACGGCCGGCUGGCUGCAGGGGACCAGCUCCUCAGUGUGGACGGGCGGAGUCUGGUAGGACUGUCUCAGGAGAGGGCAGCAGAACUCAUGACAAGAACGAGCUCUGUGGUAACACUGGAAGUCGCAAAACAAGGAGCGAUUUACCACGGCCUCGCUACGCUGCUCAACCAGCCAUCUCCGAUGAUGCAGAGAAUUUCAGAUCGCCGUGGCUCAGGGAAACCCCGACCAAAGAGUGAGGGUUUUGAGCUCUAUGGUAACUCAGCUCAGAACGGGUCCCCCGAGAGCCCCCCGCUGCCCUGGGCAGAGUACAGCGAACCAAAGAAACUGCCGGGCGACGACAGGCUGAUGAAGAAUCGGGCUGAUCACCGCUCCAGUCCCAACGUGGCAAACCAGCCCCCUAGUCCUGGAGGGAAACACACAUACGCCACCGGAACGACAGCCAAGAUAACGUCUGUUUCUACUGGAAACCUCUGCACUGAGGAGCAGACCCCUCCGCCCAGGCCUGAAGCAUACCCCAUUCCCACGCAGACAUACCCCAGAGAGUAUUUUACCUUCCCCGCUUCCAAGUCGCAGGACCGGAUGGUUCCUCCACAGAGCCAGUGGCCAAGUUAUGAGGAUAAGCCGCACGUGCACACAGACAGUGACCAUUCCAGUGUUGUGAUCCAGCGUGUUACCCGUUCCCAAGAAGAGCUGCGAGACGACCAAGAGUACCAGCUUGAGCGGCAUCGAACAGCGCCAGCUGAGGAUCGAAAGUCGGGCAGUGAUCUGUGGAUAAACCAGAGCUCCUCGGUGGAGUCCAGCACAUCAAGCCAAGAGCACCUGAACCAUUCCUCUAAAUCCAUCACUCCUGCGUCCACUUUAACCAAAAGUGGCCCUGGCCGUUGGAAAACGCCAGCUGCCGUCCAGCCAACCCCAGUGGCCAUCUCCCAGCCCAUCCGCACAGACCUGCCUCCGCCGCCCCCUCCUCCCCCAGCGCACUAUGCCAGUGACUUUGAUGGGAUGCCAAUGGACUUGCCUCUGCCGCCGCCCCCCUCUGUUGGCCAGAUGGGCACCCCAUCUGCCCAGGCGGCCGCUGCAGAGCGGAAGAAGAGAGAAGAGCAGCAGCGGUGGUAUGAGAAGGAAAAGGCCCGCUUGGAAGAGGAGCGUGAGAGGAAGCGGAGGGAGCAGGAACGGAAGCUGGGCCAGAUGCGCGCGCAGUCCCUGAACCCUGCGCAAUUCUCCCCCGUGACCGUGCAGCCGAUGAAGCCCGAGAAGCCCUCCACCCUGCAGAGGCCCCAGGAGACUGUCAUCCGAGAGCUGCAGCCACAGCAGCAGCCGCGUACCAUCGAGCGGCGGGACCUGCAGUACAUCACCAUCAGCAAGGAGGAGCUGUCGUCCAGUGACAGCCUGUCCCCAGAUCCAUGGAAGCGGGAUGCUAAAGAGAAGCUGGAGAAGCAGCAGCAGAUGCACAUCGUGGACAUGCUGAGCCGAGAGAUCCAGGAGCUGCAGGGCAAGCCCGACCGUACCGCCGAGGAGAACGACCGUCUCCGCAAGCUCAUGCUGGAGUGGCAGUUCCAGAAGCGGCUACAGGAGUCCAAGCAGAAGGACGAGGAUGACGAGGACGAGGAGGAUGACGACGUGGACGCCUUGCUGGUCAUGCAGCGGCUGGAGGCCGAGAGGAGAGCCAGGUUGCAGGACGAGGAGCGGCGGAGGCAGCAGCAGCUGGAGGACAUGCGGCAGCGGGAGGCGGAGGACCGCGCCCGCCAGGAGGAGGAGCGCCGGCGGCAGGAGGAGGAGCGCGGGAGGCGGGACGCCGAGGAAAAGAGGCGCCAGGAGGAGGGGUAUUACAGCCGCCUGGAGGCCGAGCGGCGCCGACAGCAUGACGAGGCAGAGCGGAGGCUGCUGGAGCCGGACGAGCCGGGUCUGUGCAGACCGCCGCCUCCACGGGACUACCAGCUCCCGUGCCCAGCCCCCGCGCCUAGCGCUCCUCCUCCCCCGCCUCAGCGCAACACCUCCUACCUCAAAACGCAGGUCCUCUCGCCUGACACGCUGUACACUGCCAAGUUUGUUGCAUACAAUGAGGAGGAGGAGGAGGAGGAGGAUUCCGGCCUGGCAGGUCAGGAUAAGUACGCCAGCACGAGAAAGUCUUACGGGGACCUUCUUCCCGCCGCCGCCCCAAAGCCGCAGCCCUCCUGCCAGCCGCGCCCCGUCUCCGAUGGCAUCUUUCUUUCCAACUCAUUCCAGCCACCCUCGGUCAAAGCCAACAGUACUGCCCACAAAGCAGGCCAGCCCCCACCCCCUCCAAAAAAACCGAACUUCUACCGUCCCAGCAGCUCCAAAGGACCAAACUCUUACACGGGAUCUACUGGAACAGCUGUUAGCACUCAUGAUGUUUACCGAGAUCCCAGAGACAAAUGGUCUAAAAGCCAAGAUGCCAACUUGCCUGGGGUUUCUGGAGCCCCUGAAAACUUGACAUUCAAAGAGCGCCAGCGUCUCUUCUCCCAAGGCCAAGACGUGUCCAAUAAAGUGAAAGCUUCACGGAAAUUAACAGAACUGGAAAAUGAACUGAACACCAAAUGACGGAAGGGCAAAGGAGCUGGAGUUGACCCCACCACCCUCCCAGGGUGGUUGUGCGGGGGUGACCUUAGAGGAGGGGAGGGGAGGCCACGUUUUAAAGUGAUUUGUAAUUUCUGUUUCUGAAACGGUUGAGAUUUAGAGAUGUUGCAAUUCCAAGAGAUUUUAUUUUACUUUACCAAGAGAUUGUCAUUUAUACAGUUUAAACACUGUCUUAUUUUGUUUAAUGAUCUGAAUCACACGAAGAUAACUUUUUUUGUUAGUUUCUUUUUUGGAAUCUGAGUUCCAAAAGGGGCGGAAUAGAUGUUUCUCCUUUCUUCCUUGCCUUCCCCCCAUAAUUGACCAGGGAGCACAGACAAUGAAGUUCUAUUUCUGUUUUUUUUUUUUUUUUUCCCAAAAACACU